UAACACCUAGUGCUAUGCCGGGACCCACAUGAUAUCCCUCUUAGUACACGUCUUUCUGCUCCUUCCCUCCUUAACUGCCUCCACCAUAGCCACCACCACACCAGUACGGUACCACCACUUAUACAUCUCUCACAACGGUCUAAUCCUCCGCUGCACUCUCUUUUGUCCUUUCUUUCCCAUCCUACUGUCUCUAAUCUCCUGCCUCCGAUAAGUAACAAACGGGAAAAUAUGGGCAUUGAUUACUACAAUAUACUGAAAGUGAAUAGGAACGCCAGUGAUGAUGAUUUGAAAAAGGCUUACAAGCGACUUGCCAUGAUAUGGCAUCCAGAUAAAAACCCCUCCGCCAAGAGAAAUGAAGCCGAGGCCAAAUUCAAGCGGAUUUCGGAAGCUUACGACGUCCUAAGCGACCCACAGAAGCGGCAGAUCUACGAUUUGUAUGGCGAAGAGGCUUUGAAAUCCGGUCAGUUCCCGCCGCCUCCAGCUUCGGCUUCGACGUCGUCAGCAUCUUCUUCGAGGAAUUAUUAUCACCAGAGACAGCAUCCUAAUCCGUCCUUUAGAUUCAAGCCCAGGGACGCAGAGGAUAUAUACGAGGAGUUGUUUGGAUCGGAGAGUGGCGGCGGCGGCGGCGGUGGAGGAGGAGGAGGAGGGAAUAAUCAUGGUAGGGGCUAUUCUAAGAGUCACGCUUAUCAUUAUGGUAAUGGAGGAGAGGCAAAAAAAGCAGCUGCAGUUGAAUGUCCGUUGCCUUGUAGUUUGGAGGAUCUGUACAAAGGUGCUAAAAGGAGGAUGCGGAUUUCGAGAAAUAUCUAUGAUUCUUCUGGUAAGGUUAGGACUGUUGAAGAAAUAGUGACCAUUGAGCUAAAACCCGGUUGGAAGAAAGGGACAAAGAUCACAUUCCCUGAGAAGGGUAACCAGGAGCCUGGGAUUAUUCCUGCAGAUCUUAUUUUUGUUGUGGAUGAGAAACCACAUGCUAUUUACAAGAGAGAUGGCAAUGAUCUAGUGGUGAAUGAGGAGAUAACACUGCUGGAGGCUCUCACGGGUAAGACUCUUGAUCUGACCACCCUCGACGGAAGGAAUCUCAUGAUCCCAUUAACAGAUAUUGUGAAACCUGGUGCUGAGGUAGUGGUCGCAAAUGAAGGAAUGCCAAUUUCAAAAGAACCUGGGAAGAAAGGUAAUUUGAGAAUCAAGAUUGAUGUCAGGUACCCAUCAAGGCUUACAUCAGAACAGAAAUCUGAGCUAAGAAGAGUUUUGGGAGGAGUUUCAUAACAUUUGAUUGCGUGCGUUAUAUAGUUUCUACGAUCACCAUUGGUUGUAAAUAUAAUGUGUAUUGUAGGAUGUGAAUCCUAGUAUUACGUUGGGGAUGAAGAGGUUGGCUUACUUGUUAAUGUCAUGGGCAAAUUGGGUAACUGGGGUUGGGAAGUUGAGACCUUUCUAACUGAAUUGAGCAAGAUAACUGGCGGAUCAAAUUUCUAAUUGGUUCGAGUCAUAUGAUUUUUUGGCUUGGCAUCUUUUAGUUUUUGUUUGGAUGCUAUGUACGCAAAAAAAUUAUGGUCUUCAGAGCAAAAUUUUUUACUUUGUGACAUUUAGAAAUAUUAAAUUUUAAUUCAUUGCUUCUAUUCUAUUCUCUUC